AUGAGUGGUUUAUUAUUGUUUAUCGGAAAUUUUUUCAAAGCAGUAUCAGAGAAGCCUUGUGAAGCAGUAUGGGCCGUAUCAGGAGAUGGAUCUGUAUGGGAACUUGAUGAACCGGAUUCAGAAGAAUGCAAGAAAAAAGACCAGAAAAACGAUAAGAAAAAAGGCAAGAAAAAGAAUAAAAAAGGGCGUCGUUGA